ACUGUCUCCCCCCGCCCGGGGUUCGAAUUCAGGAGGGCUCCUUCCUUUCAAGCCCUAGAUUUACAGUCUCUCGAGUCUCAAUCCGCUUCACUCUCCGCAGGACCGCAGACCCGAAAAUCCCUGAACGUUUUGCAGGAACGACCAUGACUGGCUGAGGUGAAGCACGGCAAAGGAGAGAAGGCGAGACCGAAGGAAGAAUGGGUCGCCCGGAGCCCUCUGUCCUGUUCGCGCAGACGUUUACUCACCCCCAUCUCGAUGAAUACGUCGACGAGGUUUUAUUUACAGAGCCAAUCGUCAUCACCGCCUGUGAGUUCGUUGAGCAUAAUGCAUCUUGUUCAUCUCCCAUGGUUACACUUUUGGGUGCUACAUCACCACCUUCGUUUGCAACGGAAAUAUUUGUGCAGUGUGAAGGGGAACCUCGGUUUAGACGCCUUUGCCAACCUUUUCUGUAUUCUCAUUCUUCAUCAAAUGUCUUGGAAGUUGAGGCAGUUGUUACCAACCAUAUUGUGAUCAGGGGCAGCUACCGCAGUCUAACUUUAGUAGUUUAUGGGAACACUGCUGAAGAUCUUGGACAGUUCAACAUUGACUAUGAUUUGGAUAAUUCUCUGGCAUCCCUUGUUUGUUCCCCUGUGGAUGGAAAGCUUGAGGACCUCCCUCCUGCUCUGAGGAUUAGUAAACCGGCAUUUGAGGAAUCCAUUACCUCUCUGCAGUCAUUACUUUUCCAAGAGCAAGAAUCAGAUGCCUCCUUUCAAAUGCAGAAUUUGCUUUGGUUAACUCUGCACCUACUUAAAAUUAUCCCACAUGAAGAUUGCCUCCAUGAAAUGAUUGGUGUUGUGGUAUCUACUGUGUCAUCAUUUAUGUCACUUGGUUUUUCUGGCACAGUUUUUCCCCACAACCACGAUAGACAUUCGAAGAGUGUUGACGUUGAUAAGAUAAUAGAAAAUCUAAUUACUGAAGCUAGAACUCAGCUUCUUGAGCUCUAUCAAACGUUUCGUCCUGCUUCCACUGAAGUAGAAGAAUUUGUUGAUCUCGAUUCUGUGGCUGCUGAACCAAUCAGUCAUAAACUAUUGUUUGAGUCAAUGGACCAGAUUCUUUCCCCAGAGAAGAUGAUGGUCGGCUCUGGAUUCUCUCUGCUUUCUGAGAAUGAAGUAACAAUCCUUAGGUUGAGUGUGGUUACGAUACUAUGCUCCAGCAAAGAGGGUUGUAUUCAAUUUAUUAAUGGGGCUGGAAUGAAUUACCUUUCAUGCCUUUUCCUUGAUGACACACCAAGGUCAACAGGAACUUCCCUGAUGCUGCUUGGGGUCAUUGAGUGUAUAACAAGACAUGCUAUUGGCUGUGAAGCCUUCCUGGGUUGGUGGCCUCGUCCAGAUGUGAAUGUUCCUGCUGGCACUAGUGAUGGUUACUGCUAUAUUUUGAAACUAUUAUUGCACAAGCAACGGCAUGACAUUGCAUCACUUGCAAUGUAUAUUCUACGGCGCUUACGGUUGUAUGAAAUUGCAGCUAAAUUUGAGUCUGCAGUGCUAGUCUCCUUGGAAAGUUCAUCAGGCAUUCCUGAAGGUCUUGUGGAGAGGAUAGAUGUGUUAUCCCUUGUGAACUCUGAAAUAAAGAAACUUAUGAAACUGAUAAUUGGAUGUGGGCCAGUUGAGGAUCCUUCUCCAGCUGCAUAUACAAACAUGUCAUCGACUAUUGGCCAAGAAGCUGGAACAUUGUCAUACAAAGACACAGUAAAGUUAAUUGAAUCAUCUCAACACUAUUCAGAUAGUCGGGAAAUCGAUAGUUAUUUGCUCUCCCUUUUGAAGGAUCGAGGAUUUCUUGCCUUAUCAGCUGCUUUGCUGUCAUCUCCAGUACUAAGGUCUGGAUGUGGCCAAUCAAUGGAUCUCUUUUCAGAUAUUGCUGGGUCUAUAGAAAAUAUAGUUCUUUCCCUUCUUUCCGGCCGAUCAGGCCUCAUGUUUUUGCUAGGUCAGCCUGAAGAAACUGCUAUGCUCAUUCUCUCAUUGCGAGGUGAUGACAGCAUUGACAAAGUAGAAUCUAUGCCUCUUACAUUUGCAACCGCCUUGAUUUCAAAGGGGUUCUUUUGUCACCCUACGGACAUUGGUAUAAUUGCUGAGGUUCAUCUUAGAGUGUUGAGUGCAAUUGACCAUUUGAUUAGUGCGAACCCCAAUUCUGAAGAAUGCUUGUGGUCUCUGUGGGAACUCUGUGCCCUUGCAAGGUCUGAUGUUGGUCGUCAGGCAAUGUUGGGUCUUCGGCAUUUUCCAGAGGCAAUUUCUGUCCUGAUGGAAGCGUUACACUGUGUGAAAGGAGAACAGAUAUUAGUGACAGGGACUUCACCAUUAAGCCUUGCUAUAUUUCAUUCUGCUGCUGAGCUUUUUGAGAUUAUGGUUAUGGAUACAACUGCUUCUUCACUUUCAUCUUGGAUUGGCCAUGCUGUUGAACUUCACAAAGCCUUGCAUUCUUCUUCCCCUGGAACUAGUAGGAAAGAUGCCCCGACAAGGUUGUUGGAAUGGAUUGAUGCUGGUGCAGUAUAUCACAAAAAGGGUGCUUUGGGACUCCUUAGGUAUGCUGCUGUUUUAGCUUCUGGAGGAGAUGCUCAUCUUACUUCCUCAAGUGUUUUAGUAUCAGACUCAAUGGAUGUUGAGAAUGUUGUGGGCGAUUCCGCAAGUGGUUCUGAGAUUCAGGUUGUUGACUCUUUGCUUGGCAAGCUUGUUUCCGACAAGUAUUAUGAUGGAGUUGCCUUUCGUGAUUCUUCUAUAUCACAGCUUACAACUGCUUUGAGGAUUUUGGCAUUCAUUGCAGAAAACUCGGCUGUAGCUGUCUCCCUUUAUGAAGAAGGUGCUGUUACAGUUCUGUAUGUGGUUCUCAUCAACUGCAGGUUCAUGCUUGAACAAUCUUCAAGCACUUAUGACUACCUUGUCGAUGAAGGAGUUGAGUGCAAUUCAACAUCAGAUUUGUUAAUGGAACGCAGUCGUGAGCAGAGUGUUAUUCAUCUCCUAAUACCAUCACUUAUGCUGCUUAUCUUAUUGUUGCAAAAGUUGCAGGAAGCUGGAGAGCAGCAUCGAAAUACAAAGUUACUGAAUGGUCUUCUGCGCCUGCACCGAGAAGUGAGUCCAAAGUUAGCAGCAUGUUCGGAUGAUUUCUCUUCUGUAUAUUCUGGGUCAGCCCUUGACUUGGGAACAGUUUGCAAUCUUGUUGUGUCUGCCGUUGCUUGCUGGCCUGUCUAUGGAUGGACACCAAGCCUCUUCCAGUGCUUGCUGGAAAGUGGUCCAUCAAAUGUGUCAAUAGCCUUGGGCCCAAAAGAGGCAUGUGGUCUUCUCUGUCUUUUGGGUGAUCUCUUUCCUGAUGAGGGUAUAUGGCUUUGGAAGAAUGGGAGGCCUUCUUUGAGUGUUAUACGGACACUUUGUGUUGGGACAUCAAUUGGGCUCCACAGGGAAAGGGAUAUUAAUUGGUAUAUGCAGCCUCCACAUUUUGAGAAGCUGCUGAGCCGAUUAUCACCAUUGCUUGAUAAAAUUGCCCAGAUCAGUCUGCAUUUCACUUUCUCUGCUCUGGUUGUUGUAAAAGAUCUGCUGCGGGUGUUGAUUGUCCGUAUUGCUUGUCAAAAAUUGGAAUAUGCAUCAGUUCUAGUGCGUCCAAUCCUUUCUUGGCUUGAUGAUCAUGUUUCAGAAUCAAUCUCUCUUUCAGAUAUGGAUGUGUUCAAGGUUCAGAGGCUGCUUUUCUUUCUUGCGAGCUUGCUUGAACAUCCUUGUGGAAAGAUGUUGUUGUUGAAUGAAGGAAUAGUGGGUUUUCUUGGAAAAGCAACUGGGCAGAUUGCUGACGCAUUCACUGCAGAUGACAAGCUGAUCACAGAAAGCAAAUUUCCAGCAAAAAGUCUUCUUAGAUUUACCACUUGGUGUUGGCCUGUGUUUAAAUCGUUCGAAUUAAUUUGUGAUGAUGGAACACCUUUAUCAACUGCGAAGAUGCAUGAGAAGUGUAUCAAUUGUUGUGCCACUGUGCGAGAUUGCUGUUCAAUAUGUCAUUAUGUUCUUCAGUUCUGUCAGGUUUUGCCAGUUGGGAAGGAACUGGAGGCUUGUCUGGCUUCAUUUAAAGCUUUAGCUUGCUGUGAUCAGGGAAAAUCUGCUUUUCUUUCCAUGUUUGAGCAGUUCCAAUCUUUGGUUUUGAGUGAUAAAGAGAUGGAGAAAGGAAAUUCAAGGGAUUCAGAUUCUGGUUUCUAUGAUCAAUGUAACUGGAUGAAGUCUUCCCCGUUGUUGGUUUGCUGCAGGAAAUUGCUAGAUUUUAUUGAAUCUGAAAUUGAAUGUUCACUUAAGGUCUUUGAAUCCUUCAACUUGUUAUGUGUGGGCUGUUUGCAUCUCUCAUCUGGAUGUGAAAGUUUGCAGGGAGUCUCAAUAAUUAAAUGCUUGUUUGGGUUGUCAUAUGAUUUAGAAAAUGCUGGUACUCAUGAUGAGGAGAAGCUGAAGGAGAUCCGCAGGAUAUUAGCACUUAUAGAUUCGAGGAUGAUUAAGAAUGAGUUCUUAAACCCUGCCAAUACUAAGAUAUAUUUGGAUCAGGUAAAGAGUAAUGUCACAUCCAUGUUAUUGGUGCUGGAAACUGUUGGCUUGCCUCAGAUUCAAGACCUUCUAAGAAAAGAUUUGGUUUCUGACGAUAUCAAGCUGGCAUUGUGGGGUACUGAAGAAGGUGACGCCAAUUAUCUUCUUGGAGGACUUGAAGACAAAUUCAUGUGGGAAUGCCCAGAUUCUUCACCCGACAGAUCAUCAUACCCGCUUCCUCAGAAAAGGAAGAUAACAUCACUCGAUGGGUCAAAUAGGCGUCCACGAGGAGAUAAUGCAGCUGAAAGUGCUGCUUCUAGUACCUUUAGGCUGGGGGCAGGCACAUCAUCCUCUUCUGGUAUUAGUAGGAGGGAUACUUUCCGUCAGCGAAAGCCAAAUACCAGCAGGCCUCCUUCCAUGCACGUAGAUGAUUAUGUUGCCCGUGAAAGAAGUAUGGAUGGUCUCAGUGGUUCCUUGAACAAUGUCAAUCCUAUGCAGCGUGCAGGAUCCACUAGUGGGCGGCCUCCAUCCAUUCAUGUUGAUGAAUUUAUGGCUAGACAAAGAGAGCGUCAGAAUCCAGCUCCACCUGCUGUUACAGAGGUAGCACAAGUCAGGAGUCCGCUCAAUGACAAUGUCAGAGAUUCUGAGAAAACAAACCUACCACAGAGGUUGAAACCUGAUCUGGAUGAUGAUCAUGAGAUCAACAUUGUUUUUGAUGAGGAAUUAGAAUCUGAUGAUGUUCUCAGCUUUCCUCAGCAAGAUGACAGUCUACAAACUGCUGUCAUUAUCAAGAGGAGUUCUGAUUCAUUUAAUGGUGAGAUUGAACCUGGAGCAAAUGAAAGGAACCAGUUUUCUCACAUGGGUAAAAGUGAUGGAAGUGAAAACACUGAUAUUUCUUUGAGAAGAUUAGUCCCUCGGCCUGAAGCAUCAAAAGUUCAAGAUACAAAUGUUUCUUCUGAUAAAAAACAAGUUAAGAAGCUUACAAACCCUUUCAUGGUUUCAGGUGGAUAUGCAUCACAGAUGUCAACGAACUUGGCUGUUCCUCCUGUUAUAUUUUAUGAUAAGGGUGUGUCUUCUGGGCAGUCUCUUGGAGAGCCAAGGAUGGGUACUUCUGUUAGUGCAAGGGACAGUCCACACCCAUCUGGCAUUCCUAAUGCUGUGGUUUCUCAAGGAUUUUAUGAACAGAGGACUUCUAUCAAUCAGCCACCCUUACCCCCAGUUCCACCACCUCCAACAGUUUCAACUGUUUUAAUACCGGCACAUGUUGAGCCACUUGGAAGCCAUGCACCACCUUUUCAUCCCACUGUACAAGAUGUCCGCCCACCACUUCCUGCUGGCCUUCCAUUCGCAACAUUUGAAGCCAGUGGCUCUAGUUCCAAGGUGAUUGCUUCUUCAAGAGAGGAUAAACCAAGUCAUAAUCCUGGUGGACCUCUUCUGUUAGCUCCAUCUAGCUCUGCCAUAGUACAGGACUCCCAAAGUAAGCCUUUCCAGUCACCUGUUCAUUAUGAUCAUCAAUCGGCAGCUAACGUUCCCAUGCCAUCAUCCACAGUUCCUCAUUCACUGCUAGAUCCAAAGAACGUGUGGGCCAGUGUUCCUUCUAGCAGCAGACUGCAUGAUGAUAUUGGUACUUCAUCCAGUGGACCUGGGAGACCUUUGCCUCCUCUACCGCCAACCCCUCAUCCAUUUUCAACCUCUAUUGCACAAGCUUCUACAAAAUCUGCCUCUCAACCAUCAGUCUACAGUCAAACUAGUGCUGGAGCUCCACCUUCUGCUCCCACUCCCUUAACUGAUGCACGAGUACCAUCUGGAGCCAGUCAAUCUAGUACUUUGUCUUCUCAUUCAACAUCACAAUUUAUCCCACCGUUGCCUCCUGGUAGGCCCACAUCCAUUCAAGUAAGUCAAUUUAGUGGUAUAUCUUUGCAACAAGGACAGCACCUACCAAGUCAUUCUUUUCCACUUCAAAUUCCUCAAAUCCAAACAGUGCCACCUCGUCCACCUCUGCAACCACCUCAGCCACCGCAGCCUCCACGUCCUAUUCACCAUCCUCAUCUCCUCAGGCCAAUGAUUCAGGUCUCUCAGCAGCCAUUAGAAGGAAUAUCACUUCAGCAAUCUCCAUCCACUAUUCAAAUCCCAAUACAAUCAUUGCCUAUGCAGCAGCAGCUCCAAAUGUCCCAGGUCCAUGUUUAUUCUCAAAACACCCAGCAGGAGCUUCAUUUACAAUCCCAGCAGCAGGUUGAACAUGUCCAUGCACAACAUCCACCUUCUCAAGUAGAUAACAUGCCGCAGUUUCAGCAGGAUGCUGGAAUAUCAUUGCAACAAUAUUUCUCCUCUCCCGAAGCAAUUCAGUCAUUGUUGAGAGACCAAGAGAAGCUCUGUCAACUUCUGGAAAAACAUCCAAAAUUAAUGCAGAUGCUUCAGGAACGGUUGAGCCAAUUGUAAAGUCGCUGUGUAUGGAUAAGUACCAUCAUUGUAGGUUCUGAAAAAUUUAACAGAUAUUAUUUGUCUGGGCGAAUAGACCGUCAGGAAAAUCAAGCAUGUGGUCCGUAAGUUGUGUGUCUCCUUGGCUGUUUUUCUACAGAGCCCAGCAUCCUUACGUUUGUUGCCCAGGGGCCCCUGACUGAAGGAUGCUGUAACUGGUGACUCGUGCUUGGAGACGAGACUGUUGAGGAUGAAAUUUCUCAUAUUUAGCAAGAAGGCCAGGGGCACAAUGGCUUGAAGAGUUGCUUGUGUUCAUUUUAUGUAAUAUCAGUCAAUUCUUGUUUUUUUUUUUUCUCCCUCGUUCUUCAUUGGCUCGCGCAUGAAUGAAUUGCACGGCCAUCAGAAAUGCAGAAUAGUAUAAUUUGCACGGUUACCUCUCCCUCUCUCUCUCUCUCUUUGUAUGUAUGUAUGUAUGUACAUGUGGGAUCUGGGGGCUUUCGUGAAUUGGUGUCUCACCACCAUAACUUGUUGUAGCUUUUCCUCAUAAAGAAAAAGGAAAGAAACACAGAAGUUGCAGAGUUGUA